GUAUGAAAUGUGUGAUUACUUUGCAAGCUUAUAGUCUUACGUAGCCGUGGGUCGUUCAGUUGGUUAUUACUCGACCAACGUUAGCAAGUUGCACUUCUAUAAAAAUAAAUAGUAAAAUGGCAAGUGAAAACAAUCAAAUCGAAAGAAGUAAUGAACGAUCGAAAAAUGACAUUUAUGAUGCUGAAGUUGAAAAACUUGUCGAGUGGUUACAUAUUAUGCCUCACUUGCCUAAUGUGACCGAUCGAGAAUGGUUAAAGAAUUGUUAUAUCGGCCGAAAAUACAGAAUAGAAAGAACAAAAGAAACAUUGGACGGUUACUUUUGUUGUAGAGCUGUAAUGAAUGAGUUCUUCGGUGUUCGUGAUCCACUGGGAGACGACGUUCAAACUGCGAUGCGAAAAACGUGGUUUGGCUUUUCUUCAAAGUUAACCGAGGAAGGAUAUCAAGUUUUGGUAGCAAAAAACAUAACGGACGAAGACGUUACCGGUAGGUACUUGGAUAAAUGGGUGAAAUAUUUUUAUAUGUCAAUGGACUUGAACUUCAAAAGGGUGUCCGUAAAUGGUGUGAUCAUAAUAUACGACAUGUCGGUAACAAACAAAAAUGAACUUCUCACUCAAGCUACGCCUAGUUUUCUCAGGAAUUCUUUGAAAUGUUCGUCAUUUUUUCCGUACAAACUUAUUCAAGUGCAUUUUAUAAACGUACCAGCAUAUGCAGCUACAAUUUUUAAUAUAAUUAAGACAUUGGUUCCAAAAAAAAUACAAACCCGAAUCUUUAUGCAUCAAGACGCCACCGAUGUAAUAAAACAUAUUUCAAAUGAAUGUAUUCCGUCAGAUUUUGGAGGCAACGAUAAAUCUAUUAAGGAACUUGGAGAAUAUAACAAAGCAAGUGUUAUAGCGGAAAGAGAUAUAUUUUUGAACGGUCUUUUCUCGCUUAAGGCUGAUAUGGAUAAAAAACCAACGGACACUGAAAGUAAUGAACAAUCUAAUCUUUUUGGAUAUGACGGAAAUUUCAAAAAAUUGAACAUUGAUUAAAUUAUGCUAAUUCUUAUUAAUUAUUAUUGUGUAUUAAUUUAAAGUUAAUUUUAAAAACUAAAUGUCUCAAUUGUAUAAACAAGUAUUAGUAGUAACUAAUAAUAAAACAAAGUUA